AUGCCCCCAGGAACACGCAAGAGAAAGGCAUCCGCCACUGAGAUUGAUGGUGACGAGGAUGCUGUCGCCAAAAAGUCGACUCGCGCCCCGAAGAAAACGACUACGAAUGCAACAAAUCGAAGAAAAGGAAAGCAUGCCACGAGCGAGUGCAGCGACAGUUCCAAGAAAAACCGAAAGCCGGUUGCCCGAGAUGCUAAGAGUCAGAUUCGGAAACAGGGGGACGAUCUCAUCAAAUCUAUCGAUGAGAUCAAGACAGGAAUCCCUCGAGUCGACGUUGGCGUAUUGAUAAACGAGCUUUCUCCUGACCUCACUAGUGUCUUACCUUGGAUGAGUUCCUCGCCCGUUCUGCAGAAAAACACCCGAAGCCAUCCGCAACUGAUGUUAAAAGCCCUUGAUGACCUACAAGUCCAUGUCGAAGCCUACAAUUUAUUGGUCAAGCAUGACCUUGGCAUCAAGGCACCAAACUGGAUGAGAUGGGGACAAGACGCCAAAGAUUUGGAAGAGAUGAACAAGCAUGGGUUGAAGAUGGCUUCAGAAAUUGUCAACCAUAUGAUCAUGCCUGACCUGCAUCGGCUGCCGACCAAGCCUCCCAGUGCCACGAGUCUUGAAGAUGUGGCAUGGGAUCUGAUUGAGGAGGCUAUACCAGAUGAGUCGGAUAAUACGUGGGGAAAGAUUGCACAGGGACAUUUGAAGGCUUUUACUGAGGUCUUGAGACUACUCCCAACUGACGAAUAG